AUGCCGCGGCUCGCGCCAAUCUGGACCGGGGAGGACUGGGCGCCGUGGUUCCGUAAUGAUGUGCUGAAUGGCGCUGUUCCGAUUGCGGUUCUAGUUGCGGUACUUGUUACAGCGUCGUGGCAGCAUGCGCCCAAGCACACGGAGCCGCCGCACCUCGACACGGACCUCGAGCCCGUGCACGAGGUGCUCCGGUCGGAGAACCAAAUUAUCUUCGAGGCGGCGUCGGGCGUGCUCGACGAGCGCCCGGCGAUCCAGAUCCCACGCGCAAGGGGGUGGAAGAACGCGGCAGACAUGGCGAUGACCCUUCUCCUGGUCCUCAUGCAGGUCGUCGACGCAGAGUACAGCGGGUUUCACCGGCAACACAUCCGCUGGUUCUUUGUAUGGGCGGCGGGGUGCGCACUUUCCCGCAUCGCGCUGCACCACCGCAAGCGCUUCUGGGGGCAAAAGCUCGCACUGGGCGCGGCGUACUUUGUCGUGACCUUGUUCAACCUGCGCACUGCGUUGCUCAACGACGCAACGCCGCGCAUGCUCGCUCUCCUGGGGGGGGAGCUCGCCUGCUCGGGAGGGUUGGUCCUCCUUGCCAUGCUCGUGCGCACGACGGCGCCACUGCCCCGGGCGCUCACGCGCCUGCACGAGACGUAUCCGCCACGCGCGACGCCGGCCGCCAGCACAAACGCGCCGCCGCCGCAGGACCUGUACACGUCACCGCUUGCACGCGUGACAAUGGGCUACUUGACCAACUUUAUCUACGCGCAGUACUGGGUGCCUACGACGCUCGGUGCCAUCCCGCAGGUCCUGCCGUACGUGCGCACGGCGUGCGUCGUGGGCCUUGCGCGGCUCGCUGACCAGGCACACGGCGCACACCCGGCGUCGCUCCACCGCCGCCUGUGGCGCGCGAUCGGCAGCCUCACCAUCCAGCAGCUCCUCCUGCAGGUGCUGCGGGUGUCGUUUCGCAUGGGGCCGAUUCUCUCGCUCUCCGCCCUCUUGUCCUACGCCGAGGACCGCGACGCGGCGACUCGCGAGGGACGGCUGCCGCCGCCGCUGCACCUCGGUCUCCUCUUUGCGCUGACGAUGCUCGUCAGCCAGAUCGGCGAGUCGCUGUCGGACGUCAACUGCAUGCAGACCGGCCGCGCGGCCGCGUCCAAGAUGCGUGCGCUGGUCAUUACCGAGGUCUUUAGCAAGAUUCUCCGCCGAAAGAUGCACUACGAAAGCACCGCGAGCGAGACGCAGGCCGUGCCAGAGGUCAACGACGGCCACGUUAUGAAUCUGAUCGCGGUCGACACGAUGAAAAUCGAGGCGCUCGUCUCGCAGUGCCACCAGCCACUGGUCGAGCACCCACUCACGAUUCUGUACUGUGUCAUCUUCUUGUUCCACACGCUCGGCGUCGCGUCGCUGAUAGGCAUUCUGAUCAUGCUUGUCGCCUCGCCGCUGCAGGCGCGCCUCUCAAAGCGCAUGCUCAAGAUCCAGGAACUGUCGCUGCGCGCGACCGACGCACGCCUCAAUCUCGCCAACGAGGUCCUGGCAAGUAUCAAGACAGUCAAGUUUUUCGCGUGGGAACGGCCGUUUGCGCAGCGCAUGAACAACGCGCGAACGCGCGAACUGCGUAUGCUGUACCUCGACAAUGUGGUCAGCGUGCUGAGCAACCUCAUUUUUGUCGGCAUGCCGAUGCUCGUUACGCUCGCUACCUUUGGCAUCUACACGCUCGUUCUGGGGCAGCCGCUCACCGCCCAAAAGGCCUUUACUUCGCUCUCGAUCUUUGUCACGCUGCGCACGCCGCUCGCCGACUUUCCCGAGCUCUUGGUCGUGAUGCUCAACUCGUGGGUGUCGAUUCGCCGCGUCGACACAUUCCUCGGGACGCCAGAGACGGAAAAGUACGACCAGCUGCUCAAGGUCGCGCCGCCGCCGACGUACCUCGGCUUUGACCACGCGUCGUUCACUUUUGCACGCACCUCGGACAGUGCGCCGCGCUUCUCACUCAAGGACCUCGACUGCAAGUUUCCUGUGGGCGAGACGAGCAUCGUCGUUGGGCCCGUCGGCAGCGGGAAAACGUCGCUCUUGCUCGCCAUGCUCGGCGAGCUGCACCGCACCAAGGGCUCGACGUCGAUGCCGUGCCCCAUCACGCGCUCCACGACGCUGGACCUCGCCGAGUCGGUGGCAUACUGCGGCCAGAGCCCGUGGAUCCUCGGCACUACCGUGCGCCAAAACAUUCUGUUUGGCGCCGCGUUUGACGAGCGCCGCUACCGCCAAGUGCUCGCGGCGUGUGCGCUUGAGCCGGACCUCGAUAUCCUCGAGUACCACGACGAGACCGAAGUCGGGGAAAAGGGCACGUCGCUCUCGGGCGGCCAGAAAGCGCGCGUCGCCCUCGCGCGGGCUUUCUACUCCAACGCAAAGCACAUUCUCAUCGACGACGCUUUGUCGGCCGUCGACGCACACACGGCGCACCACAUCGUGGACCACUGCUUUAGCGGACCGCUCGCCAAAGGACGUACCAUUGUCCUGGUCACGCACGCUGUUUCGCUCAUGCAUCAGCACGCGAAGUAUGCGGCCGUGAUGGACGGCGGCCGUGUGCGUGCACAAGGCGCUCCGGCGGACCUACUCGCUGCGGGCGACCUCCCUUCUGUCGAGACGCUCGAGACGCAAAUGGCGUCUAGCCUGUACGAAGAGCAAGAGUCCGACGAUGCCCGGUGGGCCGCGACGCAAGCAAAGCGCGAUCGUAAGGACGUCGAGGCAAACGCCGAGAGUAUCCAGCGCAAGACCAAAGGCGGCGACCUCUACCUUACGUAUAUCGGUGCCAUCUCCGAGCACCGAUGGGUCGCCGCUGGCCUGUGGCUCAGCCUCCUUGCCCUGUACGUGUCGGUGCGCAGCGCGGACGUCAGCAGCAAUUCGUGGCUGCGUUUCUGGGCGAGCUCGUACGACGAUCCAAGUGCGCACCACGAGAAUACACUCUAUUACAUGAAGCGCUACGUCCUUCUCGUCCUCCUCUUUGUCUUUUUGUCGGCUGGACGCGACAUGGCCCAGUUUUCGAUCGCGAUGCGUGCGUCAAAGCGCAUGUACACGGAUCUCAUUGCGAGUUUGAUGCGCGCCCCGCCGCGGUUCUUUGACGUGACGCCGAUCGGACGUAUCAUGAACCGCCUCUCGAAAGACAUCCAGACAGUCGACACGGAAAUCACGCCCGCGCUGCGCAUGCUCACCGAAGGCAUCGUGACACUCCUUGCCAUUCUCGGCGUAAUUUGCUGGGCUGCGCCCCAGUUUUUGUACUUUGUCGGGUUUGUGCUGGCAGUGUACUAUGUGAUCGGCGCGCUGUACCUCGCCUCAUCCCGCGACUUGAAGCGCAUCGAGAGUGUGCAGCGCUCGCCAUUGUAUACCUUGCUCGGCGAGACGCUCGCAGGCACCGUGACGAUCCGCGCAUACAGUGACACGCAGCGCGUGGUGUACAACUGCAUGAACCUGCUUGACAGUUCGACACGCGCCUACAUCUGCCUCUGGACCGAGAACCGAUGGGUGAGCGUGCGUGUGAAUGUGAUGGGCGCUUUGGUGACAUUUUCCACGGCCGUGCUGCUGCUUGUGUCGCACGCCGACGCAGCGCUGCUCGGCUUCACCCUCUCGUACGCGGUCCUGAUUUUGGUCACGAUCCUGCGCAUCGUCCGUCGGUACACCAUGACCGAAAUUACACUCAACUCGGUUGAGCGCGUCCAGGAGUACAUCGACCUUCCACCCGAGAACCAAGGCGGCGCAGAGCCACCGGCGCACUGGCCCACCGACACGGGCAGCAUCGACGUACGCAACUUGUCGGUGCGGUACGCGCCCGAGUUUCCGCUCGCCCUGCGUGACGUGUCGUUCCGCAUCGCCCCGGGCGAAAAGGUCGGCAUUGUCGGCCGCACCGGCAGCGGCAAGUCGACGUUGUCUCUUGCCUUUUUCCGCUUCCUCGAAGCGGAAGCGGGCUCGAUUGUGAUCGACGGGAUCGACAUUUCGACCGUCACGCUCGAGGCGCUGCGCAGCCGCCUGACCAUUAUUCCCCAGGACUCGCAGCUAUUCAAAGGCACGGUCCGCACGAACCUCGAUCCGUUUGGAACGUGCGACGACACGGACAUGUGGUUUGCGCUGCAACGCUGCCAGCUCGCGUCUGGAUCUGAGCAAGGCACCUUUACGCCGUCCAAGACAAGCGUCAUUCAGACGCUCGACGACCCCGUCGAGCAGGGCGGCGCGAACCUCAGCGCCGGCCAGCGCCAGCUUCUCUCGCUCGCUCGCGGCCUGCUCAAGAUGCGCGACAGCCGUAUCCUCAUCCUCGACGAGAGCACCGCGAAUCUCGACUCGGAGUCUGACGCGCUCAUCCAGCACACGAUCCGCGAGCAGAUGGCGCCGGGCGCGACGAUUUUGACGGUGGCCCACCGUUUGAGAACGAUUAUCGACUAUGACAAGGUGCUUGUGCUGGACAAGGGCCAGGUCCUUGAAUUUAACUCUCCCUCGCAGCUCCUGGCGAACCCUUCGUCGGAAUUCUAUGGACUGUGCAAACGCAGCGGCGAGCUCAAUGCUCUCACCGAAGCCGCGCACGCCGCGCAAAAGCGGCCCUUUUCGUAG